GCGACCAAGAAACCGCGAAGAGUGGGGGGCUUGACCGUCAUUUUAAAAGAUGAGGCUGACUUAUGAAAACAAAACAACGAGGUUUGUUUGUAACCAAUGAAAACCCCUUGAAACGUUCGCGUAUCUUGUGUCUUACUCGGAUUUUCUGAAGAUAAUUAGCCAACGUUAGCAACAAGGUAGCGUAGAGCGAGCCCGUGGCUAUCUCUAGAACUCCUGGUAUGGGUGGAUUCCAACAAUGGGAGCGAUGAAGUUUGAGGCUCUACUCUUGCAAUCCACACAAGUGCAAACUGAGCUGUUUUUUGUGGGACAUCAUGUAAAAAGGGCUGCUGCUUGAGAUCAAUAUUUACUCUGCUAAAAACCAUCAAAAUCAAUGCAGAUGGAUCAUGAAGAGUUCUUGACAGAGCUGGACCAGAUUACUAAGCGGAUUCAGGAGGAUGGCUUGGCUCCAGAGGCCACUGCAGAGGAGCGGCUGCGGCAUUUAUGGCAGCAGCUGCUUAGCUCUGAGGCGCAGCUUCAGUCUGUGUCAAAGGAGCUGCAGACUUCACGCACACAGCAGACCAGUGAAAUGAAGGAGGUGGAGAGCUACGUAGCACACAUUCGGGCGCUGUUGGAAGAGCGCGAGUGUCUGACUGCAGAGUAUGAGCGAGACAAUGAAGACUUGCGACAUGAACUUCACCUAAUCAAACAUCAGCAAGAGAUCCAGAACAAGGAGAUGGCUGAGAUGUUAUCACAGGAAGGCCUAGGGGAGAUUGGCUUAAGUAGCCCCAGUGAGCAGGUGGCUUACUUGCUGGUAGAAAGGGCCACUCUGCUGGAAAGGCUGGACGCUGCCGAGGCAAAAUUGGAAAGUCAUCCUCCCGACGUAAACACCCACAUUAGCAGCCAUCAGGAGCAGAUCCAAAGAGAUAAUCUGUGGCAGCAGAGGGAGGAUUUGCAAAAGACCAUAGAAAACAUGACAAAGCAGUGUUCAUCUCAGAGUCCAUGGAAGAAGCUGUUUGGCCUGCGCAGGUCUGCUCAGAGCAAACACAGUAUGAGCCCUGCCCAUAAUGAAGAGAUUUCUAGAGUGCACACUGAGCGGCAACGGCUGGAGCGGGACCUGGAAGAGGCAUCCAGGAGGCUGGCGAUGGCUCAUCAAGACAUUCGCCGUCUUAACGAUGAACUUGAUGCUGCCAAGAAAAAUGGACAAGAGCCAUGUGAUAUGAUAAAGCUAGAGCAAGCCAAAGAGCAAAAUGACCGACUGGAUGCGGAGAACAGAGCUCUCAGGGAAAGAGUAAAUAUCAUGGAGUCUGAGAAGAAAAAUCUUAUGGAUCAGGUAGCAAAAUCUAAUCUAGCCAAAGGAGAAUUAAGGAGCAAGAACACUGAAUCUGAAAACUCUGCUGUGUCUACCCAAGAAAAGGAUCAGAUUCAUAAACGGUGUCAGGAAGCGGUGGAAGAUGGACUUGUGCAAGUGAGAGAGCUGCAACGCCAACUCCAGAAGCUACGCAAGGAGCAGGAAGAGCUGGAGGAGAGGAAUGAAGAGCUGGAGUCUCUGUUGGGGGAGGCCCAGAACACCAACAAAGAAGAGAGGCAUCGCCUUGAGGGAGAGGUGGAGGGGCUGCACAGAAGGAUUAAAAGCCUGGAGGCAGAGCUGAAAAAACAAGAUCCCCUUGAAAAAAUACAGAAAAAUGGUGAAGAGGUGAAGGCCACUGAAUCCUACCUACACAUCCACCUGAGGGAAAGCUCCCAGGAGAGAAUGGCCCUGCUGGAGGCCCGCCUGACCGAGGAGAAGGAGUGGAGGAAACAGCUGGAGCUGGAUCUCACAGCAGCUCAGGCUGCCCUCAAGAAGGAUAAAGAGGCUUUGCAGAUAGGUGAGCGAGAGCUGAAGAAACUCAGACUGGAGGUCAGCGGUCUUCAGACCGAGUGCCAACAGGGGAAAACGCUUAUCAAAAGUCUGACCCAGGUCAAGGGAGAAAAAGCAGCUCUGGAAGAAAAGGUGGCCCAGAUGGAACGGGCUUACAACAGAAUUAAGAGUGAGCUGGAAGAUUACAAGAAGAGUAACCAGACUCAGGAAAAAAUGAUAGAAAACAAACCUCUGGCUGAUCACACUCUGGAGCAGACCGAACGCCUUAACACCGAACUCCGUAGCCUCCAGUCUUCCCACGACACCCUGAGGGAGGAAAUGGCCUCUGAACGCCAGAAGAGUGCUGAGCUCCAGGCCGAGCUGAGCAACGCCGUUCAUCAGAAGCUAGAGGCGGAAGGAAAAAGAGAGCGGCUGGAGCUGGAGAUCCAGCGGCUCAAUAAGCAGCUUCAGUGGCAUCAGGAGCAGCUGUCUUCUGCAAAGGAAGAACUCUUCCGUAGCCAAAAGGCUGAACUACAAACAGCUAAUGCAGUAUCUAGGCAUGAUUCAGUGGAGAAAGGAAGGGUUGAAGGUUUGGAUCAGCUUAUGUCUUUGAAGAAGCAAAUAAAUGUUCUGGAGGAGAAGUUGGAGGAAGAACGGCAGUUAGCCUCUCAGCACCAAAUGACGCUUCAGGCUCAGAUCAUUGAAGCCCAGGCAUAUAUUAAGUCUCAAGAUUCAGUGAUGAGCCAGAAGGCUGAGGAGGCGAAACAGAUGAAGCAAGAUGUGCAGAGGGCCCAGAGCCUGUUCACCUCGGCUGAGAAGGAGCUACGCUAUGAGAAGGAGAAGAGCUUGGAUCUGAAGAGACACAACACUCUGCUGGAGCAGGAAAAACUUAAACUCAGUGCUGAGCUUAAGCAGACCCAGUCCAAGCUGGUGCAGAUGGAGCAGAAACUCCAAACUCAAGAUGCAGAAUGCGAACGCCAGCAGCAGAAAAUCCGAGAACUAGAGCUGCAGCUGAUACGCAGCAGCUCAAACGGCAGCACCGCUGCUAGUCUGCAGGAGGAGUUGCAGACCGAACGGGCACGGCUCAUCGCUGCAGACAAGAAGGUUUUGGAGCUCCAGCAGCAGCUAAAGAACGCCCAGCACCAGCUGCGUGUCGAGGAAGCUCGGGCCGGCGAGAGCAGCCGCCUGGAGAGGGACAGCCGGGAUCUGUCGGACACUUUGUCAGCCCUGAGAGCUCAGCAGCAGGAGGAACAUAUCACCAGAAAGCUUUUAGAGCAGCGUGAGGAGGAGCUGCAGCAGCAGGUUCGCUCACUUCGGCUGAAGGAAGCUUCUCUCAACAGGUUAAACACGGAGCUCAGCCACCGUGCCCAGCAGCUCGAGACCCGGCUGUCCAUCCUAGAGGCUGAGCUUCUUAAGGCCAGAGAGGAGGCAAAAACCAGCCAGAAGACCAACCAGCAACUGCAGGAAGAUCUGGUGACCAGUCAGCAGGCGUGUGAAAAGCUGCAGGAGGAGCUGCAGCAGGUUCUCCUUCAACUAGAUGCACGCAUCAGGAAGUACAACGACAAGCAAAGUCAGCAUAAGAGUAAACUGCAUCAGGCCAAGCAGGUUUUCCUGAAAGCAACGGCACAGAGGGACUCUACCAUCCAGAAACUGGAGAAUGAACUGGCACUGGCCUCCAGUAUCUCCCACAAGGAGAAGGAGCGGAUCAAUGCAGUGAUGAUAGAAAACGAGAAGCUGCUGGAGGAGAAGCGGGAACUGUUACGGAGGAUGAGUGAGGCAGAGGACAUGGGCAGCAAAGGCAUGAGGACUGCCUCCACCGCCCAACACAGGGUUAAUGUCUUAGAAGUGGAAAACAGACAACUGCAGGACAGAACCAUGAAGCUCUCAAAUCAAGUCAGCUCCUUAGAACGGGCUCUGAGGAAUGCUGAGUCAUUCUACCGUCUGGAGAGUGCCAAGAAAGUGUUCUCCUCUGAUGAUUUCACAGAAGGUAUCCUGCAUUCAUCCACUUUAAGUCUGACUGCAGGUCCCUGUGAUCACAUCAGCAUCCUGGACGCAAUCUGUAGUGCUAAGGGGAGCAGUCAUGUUGUGCUGGAUGGCACAAGGACUUCAGUCUCCACACAGCAACCCUCUGAGCAGGGGUACCUGAAUCUUACUUCCCCACUGGUCACUCCAGCUUCUACAAAAGGUACAGAAGAGUCCUCUGACGGCAAUGACUAGAGAAAGGAGGCAGUUUGGUGCCGUCGAUGCCAGACAACACAAAGCUUUCGCUUCAGAGGAAAGUCUGCUUCCACUCAGGGUUUUAUUAAAAAAAGGAGAUUCGAUAAAAUAUUGUUUUGUUCUAGUUCCUUACUUAAAGCAAAUGUUUUGGAAUCCUUUUCCCAAGUAUUUUCUUGAUAUGCUCCGUUUUAAAGGACAGUGCUUUUUUUUUUUUUUUAAAGAAAUGAACCAGUUUAUUUAGAAAGCACAAAGCUGUGCAAUCGGUGCUUUAAAGGUCUAACUUCCCCAGGCCCAUAUAAAGGAUUAAUACUGUCUGUUAAUAACAUAAACUUAUGAAACUGACUUUCCACCAGUGCUGUUAAUGUGAAAUCCAUUUUUAUAACAUUUUUUAUUAUAUAUUGAGUAUAAGCACUUUUUUUUUACAGAGAUGAUGUUUACAUUAGAGAAGUUGUUGCAUUGCCGUGCAAACAUAAGUAUGAUGAUGGGUUUUUGCUGCUUUGAUUGUGAUGUUUCAAUGCCUUAUGAUGCCUUAAAUGUUGUGUGUGUCAGUUCUUUCUUAUAGGAUGUUACUGUAUGUGGUACUUCUUUGGGAUUUUUUUGUUUUGUUUUUUUUCCCCCGUUUUAUUCUUUUGCUUGUUCCUAAUUUUCUCCAGUGGUCAGGGAACCGUGCAGCACAGGCAUAAGGAGCAGAGCCCGAUCUGUAAUAUUCAUUUUACGUGCUUAGCUAUGUGUUGAAGUAAUGAAACGUCAUUGGUAUUUAGGUCUUAUCUUACCCAUAUCAAGACAAAUCCGAAAUGGAUAUAGGCUUUAGAUGUGAAUGUCAUCUUUAAUCUGAGAUUAUUAGAGAUUUUAGGGUUGCUAAACUUAAGUUUUAUUAAGAUCUGUUUAUCCUUAAAAGGG